AGACACUGAGGCUCAGACACGCCAGAAGAGAUACCAACAGACGAGUCCUGGUCAGCUGCAAGAACCCACAGACACAUAAUGGAGGGAAAUAUCUAUGAGAACAAUUCAGCUGAGGAGCAUACUUUUGCAACGCUCCCCAGUGACCAGGAGAAGUGGUGUGACCAGGAACGACAAGCUGGAAGACAGACCCCCCAGAGAGGAGGUCAGAGGAGACCACAUUGCCAUCUCUACUGCCUUGUCACCAUCUGUGUGGUGCUGCAGAUUGCUGGGCUGUGUGCAUGGAUAUGCAUGUACUCAAAAAACAAUGCUGGGAUACAGGAUCUUGAUGCCAAAGUCUCGGCAUUGAAAGCGAAAGACUCACAAAUCAAUGCUGGGAUACAGGAUCUUGAUGACAAAGUCUCGGCAUUGAACGUGAAAGUGCUUAUGGAGAUUUCAGGCUGGAAGCGGUUUGGCCGCAAAGUUUACUACCUUUCCAAGACUACUAUCACCUGGGAGAUGGCAAGAGUGCAGUGUAUAACCAUGGGUGCUACUCUUGCUAUGGUGAAAACAGAGGAAGAGCUGAAGUUCCUUGCAAAUGCAAUUGCUCAACCAUACUGGGUGGGACUGAGUGACCUCGGCACUGAGGGAAACUGGAAGUGGUUGGAUGGCACCUCUCCUGCCAGUGGGAUGUGGACUCCAGGGGAGCCAAACAAUGCUGGUGAGGAAGACUGUGGUGAGGUAGUGAAGAAGCUGAAUGACGUGUCAUGCGGACAACAGCGACACUGGAUCUGUGAAAAGAGUUCAGUGAUAUAGGACACCCAGUGUGCAUGUCACUGUAUGAAAUGCAAACGUUUAUUUUUUAU